ACAAAUUUUCAGCAUUAUAAAUCAUACUUAUAAAUAUACUACUGGCCCAUUAACUUCAUACCAAACAAUGAAAACACAAACAAGUUUGUAUUAGACAAAUAUCAAAAAUAUGAGCCAAAACAUGUUCUGUAGUGAAGUCGAACUCGGCAAAUUUUUAAGCAGCAUAGAUAUCAUUCCAUAUGUUUUUAAUGUAGUUCGUAAACUGGCGGAAAAGAAUUCACCUUACGAACUUCACACCAGUCCUUAUGGGAUCAAAGUGUUGGCUUUCAACUAUAGCCUUGAUUAUACCACUCGAUUUGCUAAUGGUGAGUUCGAUUUAGUUUCAUCACAAAGUCAUGAAGUUGUUGACUUUAUCUCCACAAAAGUCAACCCUUCAUUCUUCAUUAACAAGGCUGCAGUUGAGUUGUUUAAGCAUGUCAAGAACAACUUAAAAGAGCUCAAAAAAGAGGAUUUAAAGAACCCGUUGGUCGUCACUGGAUGGGGUCUUGGGGGAUACCUUGCCAUUAUGACUACACUAUGGCUGCAAAGCACCAUGUAUGAAGAAGAAACCAAGCGUCCGAUUUGCAUAACUUUCGGGACACCCCUCAUUGGCGACGAAGCUCUUCGGCUUGCCAUCUCAGAAAGCCCGCAAUGGGAAUCUUGUUUUCUAAAUGUGGUUUCAAUGACAGAUUCUAUUGCUAGUUUUGUCCCAUCAAAAGGUAAAUACGAGCCGUUUGGUUCCUUCCUCUUUUGCACAGAAUUAGGCGGGCACGCGACUUUUAAGGAUCACGAAGCAAUCCUUGCGGUUCUAGAUGCCUUGGCGUUACCAAGGGAUGCUAACUUGAAAAAUCACAAUUACGAGAUCGAUUUGAGUUCAAUAAGAAAGAGGGUACUGCGUCGUGGGGUUUUUGAAUUAGGCGAAUACAAAUUGAAACCAAUGACCAAAGGAAUCAAUAUGCAGUUCAAGGAAAUUGGCGUGCUCGAUAAAAUAUCUAACGAUAUGAUUGUGAAAAUGGAGUUAAAACAAGAAAAGAUGAUAAAAAGCAAGAAAAAUACGUAUGAGCCUACGAAGAAGCUAAACGAUAUAAAGAUAAGCAUGACAUUCAUCGAAUGGUACAUAAAGACAAGGCAGUUAAAAGGGGGUUACUAUGAUUGCUACAAGAAGGAGCCAACUAGAGAUGAAAAGGAGGGCCAUCAAAAAAUCAUCAAAGAACAUCUCAAUUUGAACAAGUUUUGGGAGAAAUUUGUUAUGGAAAAGGAUCAAAAUCCACAAAAGGAAGGUGGUAAGUUGCGCAAGCGUUGGCUCUACAGUGGAAAUAACUACAGAAGGAUGAUCGAGCCGUUAGACAUAGCUAAACACUACGCAAAUGGGAAAACAGACUACCUUGCGAUCAGGUCUAAUCACUAUAAGUUGUUAGAGACUUGGUCGAAGGAAGAUAAAAAAGAUGUGGAUCCAAGUGCCGGAAGAAAUAAGGCUCCUAAUCUUAACGAGGAUUCUUGCUUUUGGGCCUACGUAGAGGAAGCGUUGAUAUCAUUGAACGAAUUGAAGAUGAGUGGAGCAAAUGGAGACGAUAUUGCGUGGAAAUUGAAGCCGUUUAUGGACUAUGUUAUGCGUGGCGUUAAUGAUUACUCGGUGUCACCGGAUAUAUUCUUGGAGGGAAGCAGUUUAAUGAAGUGGUGGAGUGAGUAUGAAGCGUACGCACAAGGUUUAUAUACCUCUGAGUUUGCUCAAUACAUGAACAAUGGUAGGUACGCGUCAUAUCAGUAGUUUCUAAGAGUUAUGGUCUCAAUGUCGCAUUUCGCAUGACUAUAUGGCAAUAAUGUGUACGUUAUGACUUUGCGUGUAAAAUUUACUUGUUUUGAUUCUGUUUUAUUAAAUAAUUUGUCAUGUGUGAUAUAGGAACUUGUUUUCCUUACACGAGAGUGUAUUUUUUUUUUUUUUUGGGUAAAGACGAGAGUGUAUUAUUCUUAAGGUUGGUAUUGUAUUUUAUUUUUAAGGUUAGUGUUGUAUUUAAUUUUUAAGGUUGGUGUAUGUAUGAUAAGUUGAUAA